AUGCCCUACUUCAAGUCGAGCCAAGAAUGGCUCGAGCAAUCCACGCUCCUCCUCGAGGCUAGGCCGUCCACCACUCGCAUCACCACCAAGUACUCGAUACGGCCGUGCAAGCCGCGGAAGGGCAGGGCGGACGACGCCGAGGGGGACGCGCCCGUCGAGGACGCGCCGAGACCCCCCCGCGGCAGCCUGGUCAUCAAGACGUACGACCCCGUCAGUGGCGUGACGCUCAAGUACCGCACUACCAAGGCCGCCGAGGUCUCGCGGCUGGUGUGCUCGUCCCUGGGCCGGCUGGGCCGCGGCAUGGCCGCCAUGCCUCUCGAUGUCCCGGAGGAGGUUGUGCCGGAUGCGCCAGGCGGUGCUGCGGCCGGCGGCGACGGAGACACCAAGGGCAGCGGAGCGGCCACGCCCGCGUCGCAACAACAGGGCCAGCAGACGCAUCACGGGGGCGGCGGCAAGAAGAAGAAGAAGGGGAGGAAGUAG